AUGGAUGUGUUCCAAAUGAACCAAAUAGUGACAUUGGUGUUGUUGGUGGUAGGACUUGUGGGUGGAAGCCAUGGUCAAACAUGUCCGAACCAGCUUGAAAAUCUGAACGUGUGUGCACCCUUUGUGGUUCCUGGCUCGACCAACUUGAUUCCUAGCUCGGACUGCUGUGUGGCACUUGAAGCAGUUGACCAUGCUUGCCUUUGCAACACUAUUCGUGUAGCAUCCUCUCUUCCUACCCAAUGCAACCUCCCCCUUUCUUGCGGUAAUUAA